AUGAUCGAGGGCAGUGAUGACCGGGCACGAGAGGAUGAGCUCGACUUGGGCCAUGCCGCGGAGGAGGAAAACGGUGUUAAGGAGGCGUAUAAGUCGCAAGAGCUCGUCAGCCAUGCCUCAAUGGCCUACACCGAAGAUGACUUUCCAGUGGUAGCCAGUUCCGACCAGGAACUCGCUGGGAACCACAUCUCCAUCGACCCCGGGACCCCCGAUGCCUCGUUGUCGCCGGGGCCCGGUCAGCCCGGCGACACCCCUGGUAGCAUUGACGAAACCGCGUCCACGCCAGACGACCUCCCUUCCUUACAUGGCUCUCUGCCGUCGUCGCAAAGCAGCAGCGCCUUGGCCCUGCGAAGCUCUCCUCGCCCCAGUCCUAGCCCGUCGCACCGCCCAUUCGAUCUUCGUUUCCAGUCUCGUCUGUCGUCCGGCUCCUUCAGCGGUUUACGAUCGUCCUCGCCCUAUCUAGCCCAGAUACAUUCUCGGAAGUCGUCGCUCACCAGUCGGCUAUCCCCCGCCACUGUAGAUUCCGGAGCCGACACUCCCCAAGGACCAUGGGAUGUAGUGCGGUGGACGAAGCUGCGCAAGAUAACUGGGCAAGCCUUCUCGGAGGUUGGAAAGCGGAAUUUCGGCUCUCCGACUUGUCUGGCUGUCACUACCACUAUCGUCAUUGGGACGUCCAAGGGGAUUAUCCUUGUGUUCGAUUACCAACAGAACCUGAAAACAAUUAUUGGUACAGGGACGAAAGCGAUCGAAUGCGGAGCCAUCGCAUCGCUGGCGCUUUCUGCGGAUCACUCCACGAUUGCCGGAGGGCAUGUCUCGGGCGAUAUCUUCACGUGGGAGAUCUCCAAAUCUGCGCGGCCUUUCCUCCAUAUACCCCCUAUCCCCGCGAACCAAGUCGACACUCGGAGCUCUGAUGGACACGUUGAGGGAUCUGCUGUCAUUCACAUCGGCUUCCUUGGCACCAGACGCACGGCGCUGGUGUCUGCCGACAAGCGAGGAAUGGCGUUUUCUCAUCUGGCAACUCGAGGUAUGGGCGCAGUUGGGCGUACGGUGAAGACCACGAGGAUACUGGGUCGAUAUCCCCAACAUGUCUCUCAUGGGAAUCGACCCCGCAAGCCGAGCUCCGUGCUCGCUUUUUCGCCCCUUCCACUAGGCAAUGUCGAGCAACCGACCGAUACGCUGGGACUAGUUGCCAUGCUCACGCCAUAUCUCCUUGUCAUUGUGUCUACAACGCCCGUGGCCCAUACUCAGCAUAAGGCGCCUCGACCGAAGGAGGUAGCUGCCCAUGGCGCCAUGACAGGCGCCAUGGCCUGGUUCCCAGCAAUCCGCCUGAAAGGGAAAGAUUCCCAGACAUCGAAAACGAAACUUGUGUAUUGUUGGUCAAAUGUUCUGACUGUGCUGGAUGUCGCCGAGAUGGAAACAGAGGACCCGCCCGAUAGGGACCGACCCCCUACAUUAGAGUUCAAGGCACGCAGCAGAUGGAAGGCCGAAGAAGCUAUUGUCGCCGUCCAGUGGUUAAGUCGUUCGGUGCUGGCAGUUCUCACGAUUACCCAACAGCUGCUGAUAUUGGAGGAUCAUUCAAUGCGGGUGACAGACGCCGUUGACCUGCUUAGCCGGCACAUAUACCACGUCGAUCUGUUUUCUUCUCAGCUUCAUUCUUUGGUCGAACAAUUCAACGAAGAAGACACAUCAAUGCAUGGCGUCGUAGCCGAUGCGUUUUACAUGAGCUUUCGGUCUUACAAGGGGCGACUGUUCUUGUUGGGAUACAACGAAACGUUAGUCGGAGGCCUUUCAAACUGGGCCGACCGACUUCUUGCGCUCAUGGAAGCAGGCGACUUCAUCGGAGCGAUCAAGUUGGCGACAGCUUAUUACAAGGGAAACUCGGAGAAACUGACGGUCGGCCUGCCGGACGAAGAUGCCCUGCGACAGCCCAUCGUGCGAGAAAAGCUGCUGGAAAUGGUGUCGGCAUCACUCAAGUACGCAUUUGGCCGAAAUAUGGAGGCAAGCAACGAGCGGCUUGAAAGCCGACAACUUGAGGAGCUAGCCGAAGUCUCUAUCGCGGCUUGCGUUUGCAUGACUGACGAGGAUUUUCUCUGGGACGAGGUCUUCAACUGGUACGAAGAACAGGACUCGCAGGGGCUCUUUCUCGAUGCCCUCGAGCCAUAUAUCAUCGAAGGGACUGUGUGCUCCUUACCACCAACGGCUGUCAAGGCCCUGAUCACCCACUUCUCGACGAAUCACACUGCUAGUCGGUUGGAGGAGAUAAUCUGCCUACUUGACACGACAACGAUGGAUAUUGAUCAGGUGACGACUCUGUGUAAGCACCACAAUCUAUAUGAUGCCUUUAUAUACGUCUGGAAUCGCUGUCUGGGAGAUUAUGUGGGACCCCUCCAGGAGCUCUUAGGGCUUAUUACGACAACCGAAUCGCUGGCGAACGGAAGCUCCGCGGAUGAGCUCAAGCAGUACACCAAUGCGAUGAAGAUGUUCCCGUACCUGUCGUUCGUGUUGACUGGUCGCAUCUAUCCGACCGGUGAUGACAUGGAUGAUGCAGAGGCUACGAAGGCCAAGACGGCUUUGUACGAGUAUCUGUUCUCAGGAAAUCUGUCUGGCACCGAGCCUGGAGCUCGGUCCAAAUCAGAUGGCUCAUUUGCAGAUCUUCAGAAGAUUUUGAGAUUCGAUACCCCCAGUUUCAUGAGCAUGCUUAAUGAAGCGUUCGAAGAUAGUUUCCUGAACGAGCAAGACACCGAGGAGACUCCGUUUCAGGGCGUCUCGAUAAACCGACAAUAUCUGAUCAGCAUAUUGCUUCAGAUCAUGAGCUCGGCAUCCUUCCCACCAUCCGACACCAUCUAUCUCGAUAUGUUUGUCGCUCGAAACCUGCCCAAAUACCCUCAGUACAUCCUACUGUCUGGAAGUACAUUGCACCAGGUUCUGGAGCGAUUGUGCAAAUACCCUCUCCCGGAGAUGGCCGAGGAUUGUGAACUCAGCGCAGAGUAUUUGUUGUCGAUCUACCACCCCCCAGACAUCCAGAGCUUGAUCCCUCUGUUUAGGGGAGCACACUUCUACCGGAUUCUCAAAUCCACCUACCGUUCGGAAAGGCUGUUCCCAGAUUUAGUCCUCACCUAUCUCGAAGAUCCAAACGAACAGGAAGCCGUUUUUACUUGUCUACAGGACUGCCUCCGGCCUGGUUCCCGGCUAGGUAAAAAGCAGAUACGCGACGUGAUGGACGUUGUCAAGAGCCAUGCAGGUCAAUUAGCAGCGAUCAAUGUCGAAAAAGCUGCGCAGGCCAUGCAGGAUUUCGCCCCAGAGGCCCAUAAAACAUUCCUCGAAGCGCUGGAGGAUGACGCCUACGGCCAGUACCGGUACCUUGCGGUCAUCGUUGAAUCGACAAUGCAGUCUGUGCCUGAGGGCCGUCCAGCAAAGCCAGUGGACAAUUGGAUGCUUGAGCGGUAUGUCCAGUUGCUUUGCCGAUACAAUCCGACCCAGGUUGCCGACUUUGUGGAUGAGUUACGAGUGGGAGAUGUCCGACUGGAAGAACUCUUACCGUCGAUGGAGGAGAGUGGUGUUGUGGAUGCGGCCGUCAUUCUCCUGGCCCGACAGGGCGAAGUCAGAGCAGCCAUGGACCGCCUGAUAACCCAUUUGGGGACCCUUGAGUCGGGUCUUGUAGGUAUCCUGCAGAGUAUACAGGAGAGCCCGGACUCCGCCAGCACUGCCGAGGCUAUCAACGAUCUUGUCGAAUCCUUGGAGAAAUAUGCACGGGUCGGGACGUGGCUCUGCCAGGGGCAGACGAAAACCGCCCGAAAGCCACGAGCGCCUGAAAGGAACGGGUCUAAGAAGCAUGCUAUGGAUCAGGCCCUGUCUUUCGAUGAGGAGCUUUGGCUAGACCUUAUCGAGGCGGUCGUUCGCAUUGCGAGCAGUGUCUUUGCGCGGGUCCACAAAGGACAUGCCGAGCACAGUAUGACAGAACUGGCUCCGAUUGCGCCUCACUUGGCAGGAAGCAAUGCUAUUCAGUUGAUCACAUCGUUCCGCAACUUGGUUCAGCAGGUCUUCAGCGCUUUGCUUUCCAGCACGGUGCGAAUCGGCGGAGGAUCGGCAAACGGCGAACGCAGCGAUGUUGCUUUCCUUCGCAUCUUGCGAGCAUUUCUCACCCGCGCCGCCCGGUGGUCCCCUUCUCUGCUGGAGCUCCGAGCCGUGCUGGCGUCCAUCUUCUCCGCCUACACCUAUGAGAAAUCGCUCCUUGCGCUGGCCAACGGUAUGCUCGACCGAGAUCUCUUUGUCCAUGUGGACGAGGUGACCAGGCUGCGCCAACGGGGAUGGCGCCCGCGAGGACAGGUGUGUGAAUUGUGUCGGAAACGUAUCUGGGGGCCUGGCGUAGGAUCCCAGUUCUGGGACGCAUGGAAAACCCAGCAGGCGGAAUGCCAGAAACAUCGACUUGCGCGACGACUGGAGGGACAGCUUGAUCCCGCGAGUGCACGCGGGAAAGGGAAGGGGGUUGCCGUGGCCGACGCUGAUCAGGCGCGACAUAUGAUGCAUCUUCACGAGGGCCGUCAUAGUGAAGAGAACCAGGAUGCAGUGGAUGGGGGGUGGAAUCCCUCUGGGGAUGGCCACGAGAUGCCUGCGGCAGGGCCUGCGGUGGUGUUCUCCUGUCGGCAUCUCUACCACCGCCAGUGUCUGCUUGAGCUAGAUGAUCCUAGCGGACGGGGGAGGCGAGCGCCUGGCCACCGCUUCCCGGCCGAAGGACCAGAUUGGGAGGGUCUGUCGUGCCCGUCCCGUGUGUUCUUUGAUAUCCCUGUUAUGCAUAUUAUCAUCUUUAUUUCCGUCCUUCUCUUUUUGUGGAUGGUGGCAACAUGA